CUGGAGGAUUACAGAAAUGGUAAUUUUAGAAAACAACACCGCCGCCGCAGGUAUGGUCGAGGGGACCCGCUUGGUACCCAUCUCUUGUGUAUAUAUAGUGCUCCCAGGUCUUGCAAGAUGGUGUUGUUGGAUAAGAUCGUCACUCUUUUCGACUUGCAAAUCAUUCACAACGAACAAUCCGAGCCUACAAAAUCUGGUGGUUGCCCUAGCACGACAACGACAUGCGUCCAUUUCUCUCGGGACUAGCAUGGGUCGGACUCAUAGGGAGCUCGAUCGCAAGCAAGACGACCACAAAGGUCUGUCCGAUACAGGGCCCAGCCUUUCCGGUCCCGACGGGCUUGCGCUCCGACGAGGCUUUCCAGGCCGCCAUGAAGAGCUUCGACAAUGACCUGACCCAGGCCCUGGAGACCGGUACAUCCGCCUUCGGGUCGGCGGCGUUCAACACCUCCACCAUGUCCAUCGGCAUGUUCAGCGUCUCGGACGAGGCACUGUUGUACGAGCGCCACUAUGCAGAACCGUCCCUGCGCACCGGAAACGUGGGGACGAAACAGCCGGAUGCCGAUUCGGUCUACCGGCUGGGAAGCAUCGGGAAGCUUCUCACCGCCUAUACUUUUAUGAUCCGUGAAGGCGGCGGACAUCUCAACGAUCCCAUCACCAAAUACGUCCCCGAGCUUGCGCGCGCCGCCUCGACGACGGCCUCGCCGAACGGGGUGACGCCCAAAUGGGACGAAAUCACCCUCGGACAGCUUCUCAGCCACAUGUCCGGGCUCACUGAAGAUUUUGGGAUCAAUGAGCAAACGAACCAAUCUGGGUUGCCUCCUCUUCAGCCGAAUCAAAUCCCACAGUGCGAUCUUUUCAAGCCAGAUGGGACUUUCAUACCUUGCAGACGUGAAGAGUAUCUGCGUGGCGUGAUCGCCGAACCGGCCCCUUUCCGCUCCGGCGACACCCCCAACUACAGUAACAACGCCUACGAGGUGUUGGGACUGGCGUUGGCCAACAUGACGGGCUCAAGCCUGAACAAUCUGUUCGCCAAGAGCGUCGUGGACGCCCUUGGCCUGCAGCACACCAGCGCCAGCGUCCCCAACGAUACCAGCAACGCCGUCAUCCCGGCCAACGAAACGAUUUCGGGGUGGAAUUCCAACCCGGGAGUCUUGUCGCCCGCGGGUUCACAUUUCUCCAGCACCCACGACUUAGCCACGAUCGGCCGAUCGAUCCUGAACAGCACGCUCCUGGCGCCGGCGGUGACGCGGCGGUGGAUGAAGCCCGUGGCGUUCACGUCGAGCCCGAACGUGGCGCUCGGCGCGCCGUGGGAGAUCUUCCGCACGCGGGCCGCCGGCGGCCGGAUCAUCGACAUGUACACCAAGAACGGCGGCUGGGGCGCGUACGCCACGGUGCUGGUGCUGCUCCCGGACUUUGACGUCGGCUUCAGCAUCCUGACCGCGUCGUCCGCCCUGGUGGAGAUGCCCGUGAUGGUGUACAUGCUCAGCGACAUGCUCUCCGCCGCCGCCCUCCCGGCGCUGGAAGAUCUGGCAAGGCGGCAGGCCGAGGCCCGAUUCGCGGGCCACUACGCCUUGUCGUCUACAUCUGCGCAACACAACCAGAACUCGUCGUUGACCGUCUCGACCGACGACCAGGCCGGUCUGCGCGUGACGCACUGGAUCAGCAACGGCACCGACUUCCUCGCGCAACUCGCCGGCGGCGACGAGGCCCUUGUCGGGGGUGCCUACGUCGACUUUCGCUUGUACCCGAACCGCCUGUAUGUCGGCGACAAACAGGUCGGUUUCACCGCCAACUGGCAGACCAUGCCGCAGCCCGUGUAUGCCGGCCCGUUGGACCUGAAUUGCAUCUCGUGGGGUGGCCUCAACGCCGCGACCCAUGGGAAUGUCGGCCUCGCGCAGUUUGUCUUUGACGUGGAUCCGACCAAGGACGUGGUCGUCGCUGUGCAGCCCAAGGCAUUGCGCGUCUCCUUGUCCAGGGUCGACAAGGCCAAGGCCUGAGAGGAGCCUGACAAAGACGUUUUAGUUUACACAAAGCCUCGCCGACGGCCCAGGUCACUCAGAUGCUUUUUGAAAACCCGUCAUGUCCCCACUAGUGGCGCAACGAGACAAAAUCAACUCAUGAAUGGCAUUUGGGCACGACCGUUCCACCUAGCAAGUUUCAAUUUGUUGGCGGGCUAGAGCAGAUCGUUGGUUCUCGGCCUCGGGAUUAGUUUAGGCAGUCUAAGGAGAGGACGCUCUAGAACUGCCAGGUUACUGUUUCAGAGUAAAAUUUUUGGGAGUCGAUAUCUUAAAAUGUAACCCUGAAAGGCGGUUUGUUGACCAGGCUACACUCUACCUAGGUAGUAGUUAGGCCCGAUACACGCACUGCAUGACUUAUAUAAACUUG